AUGUCUUCCUCACCGCCACAGCCGACCCAGUCGACGAAGCGACCCCUGGAGGAGGCUUCCUCUCCUUCUCGCGCUACAGACCAACCAGAUGCAAAGCGUCCCGCUCUCGACAAAGUUCUCAAGAAUGACGCCGACGCCAAGCACACAAAAUCGUCCGAGGACGCGACCGACAGCAUCGACAAGAACGGUGAGGACGCUUCUAAUGGUUCAAAGACCGAAACAGAGGCUGGCACUGGCGAGGCCACUGCCGACGACAAGGUGGCUGCCACAGCCGGUGCAGCCUCGUCUUCUGCCGCCGCGCAUGAUGAGACGUCCUGGAUUCACAUUCGCGCCGUCAUCUCCAGCCCAGAAGCCGCCACCAUCAUUGGCAAGGGUGGCGAGAAUGUCUCCAACAUUCGCAAGAUGUCAAAUGCCAAAUGCACCGUCAGCGACUACCAAAAGGGGGCCGUCGAGCGCAUCCUCACAGUCAGCGGCAUUGUAGAUGCGGUGGCCAAGGCUUUCGGCCUGAUCAUCCGUACACUCAACAAUGAGCCGUUAACAGAGACCUCCACUGCGUCGUCAAAGACGUACCCACUGCGUCUCCUUAUUCCUCAUAUCCUCAUUGGCUCUAUCAUUGGAAAAGGCGGUGCUCGCAUCCGCGAAAUCCAGGAAGCGUCAGGGGCUCGGCUUAAUGCUUCGGAUUCCUGCCUUCCUAUGUCCAGUGAGCGUUCGCUGGUAGUGAUGGGCGUUGCUGAUGCUGUCCACAUUGCAACGUACUAUGUUGGCUCGACCCUUCUUGAGCAACUGAACGAACGCUUUGGCGGACCUGCUUCCUCCGCCUAUGCUACCAGGAGCGGUGCACCCGCUGGCUCUAUUCCCGGUGGCAUGCAAGUGGUUCCUUACAGCCCGCAGCCUGCCUCUGGCCAAUACGGCCGCAGCGAGAACUAUGGACGCCACUCCGAGCGUCGCCCACCGAUGCCAGCGCCUGCUCCCUACCCGGCGCAGUAUCCUCCUCACGCUGGUGCCCAAGCAGCAGUCCCCAGCCUGCCGAUGCACUAUGGCGGCCAAGGUGGUGCCUAUGGGGCAGCUGCUCCUCAUGUUCAGCAACACAUGCCACCGCACACUGGCGCGCAGCCUCACGGUGGCCCUCAGGCGCAAAACAUGCAUGCUGGCAUGCCUGGCGGACCAAUGACUCAGCAGAUUUACAUUCCUAACGACAUGGUCGGCGCAAUCAUUGGCAAAGGUGGAUCGAAGAUUAAUGAGAUACGCCAGUUGAGUGGCAGUGUCAUCAAAAUCAACGAGCCCCAGGAUAACAGCAACGAGAGGCUGGUUACAGUCACGGGUACCGAGGAAUGUAACCGCAUGGCUCUGUACCUGCUUUACUCUCGACUUGACUCGGAGAAACACAGGAUGUAG